UCUAGUUGCCUUUAUUAUCGACAAAAUAUGAAUCUUCAUUGAUACCUCAACUUUUAUUUAUUAUAAGGAUAUGUGUGCAAAAAAAAAUACAUGCAUUAGGAGAGAAUAUAGCCAAUUAAACAUCGCGUCGCAUCGUACACAUAAAAAUAAAAUAAUUUAUAAGAGCCUCUGUGAGAGUCCUACUCACUAAAAGAUUCAGAUUUUGUCCUUCUUAACCUGGCAAAUGAUAUGCUUUUAUCUUGAUGAUAUUUAUUCAACACCGAAUGUCGUCUUUGUUCUGCAUAUUAUUGUUGUGCAUUUUAUAUAAUGAAAAAGAGCCAUAUUUUCCCUAGCCUAUUACGGUUAUCGAUUGUGCAGCGAAGAUUAUCGUCAGCAAGAGUGAGUGAUGAAGUUAAAAAUUUUAUCGUAUCACCGAAGGAAAUUCAAGCCUAUAAAGUUGAUGGUGUCGUUUGUUUACGUGGUGUUUUAUCACCCGUUCAAUGUGCUGAAAUGUUUCAAGCAUCUGUGGAAUUUGUGAAAGCAAAUAAAGGCCGUAUUCGUUAUGGCAAAGAUGACAAACGCUUUUUCAGUGCUGCUUUGAUGGCGGACACAAUUCCUGCGUUUGAAAAAUUUGCUAAAAAUUCACAGUUGCCAAGUAUCGCUGCUCAACUGAUGAACAAUUUGAAAAUGGUGCGAUUUUUCUACGAUCAAUUGUUUAUCAAAGCACCUGGAACACAAGCUCGAACUGCAUGGCAUAACGAUUUAUCCUAUUGGCCAUUUCGUGGCAACGAUUUAAUAUCGAUAUAG